AUACCACUUUGGUUACGCUACAUUGACGAUACUUUCACCGCCGUACGACACGACGAAAACGACGCAUUCCACCACCACCUUAACGACCAAAGCACUGACAUACAGUUUACUAGAGAGGUCGAAGAAAAUGGUAAACUACCCCUUCUAGACUGCCUGGUAAGCCGUGACUACAACUCACUACGGACAACAGUUUACAGGAAACCGACACAUACCGACAGAUUACUGGGCGAGUCAUCCUACAACCCGACAUCACACAAAGCCACUACUAUCAGGACUCUUACCCGACGAGCGCAACUAGUAUACAAUACGACAGACAGCUUAUCCGACGAGAACAAGUACCUUAACGGUGUUUUUUCAAAGAACAACUACAACGAAGACUUCAUCCAACGCAACCCUCACAGACCUACUACUGCUACCGAAGCUAAUGACGAUGCAACUCCUACGACCACAGAAACUGUACCAUACAUAAAGGGAAUGUCUGAGAACAUCUCGCUCAUCCUACAACGAUUCAAUAUCCGCGUCGUUCACAAACCUAUUACCACACUACGUCAUCAGUUACUGACUAACGUUAAAGACAAAGAUGAACCGAAGAACAGACAAGGAGCAGUAUAUAAGAUCAAUUGCUCCGACUGCGACGCCUUCUAUAUCGGUGAGACUAGCAGAAAACUCACAACUAGACGGACUGAACACAAACGAACGACGAGGAAAGGCGAUGUCAACAAUCACAUUGCUGAACAUCACCGACUUACGAGCCACACUAUUGACUGGGACUCUGCGCAAUGCCUAACAUACAGCACCAACUACUUUCAACGACUGACCCUGGAAAGCUGGUUUACUAACUUGGAACAGACUCCCCUCAAAAGAUGUCAACCACUACCGGCACCAUACAAACGACUCAUUCACGACAUUAACAUUAACAUUACCAACGAACCGAAUAGAACGACCUAA